CCGCUCCCGGGGCGGGACGGAGCGCAGCCGGCGGCUCCUCGGGGCUGGGGAUGCUCCCGCGGUGUCUGGGGUGAGGGUCCUCGGCACCUGCCCCCAGCCGCGGGGGCGUGCGGCGGGUACCGGGAUGGGAUUGAUACCGGGACGCGGGGUUUUGAGCAGCUGAACAUCACCCACAAGAGGACAAGAUGUUUGGAGGGAAAAUGACCAGCAUUGCGAAAAAACUGAUCCGCCGGCGCGUAGUGGAUCUGAGCUCUGAGGAAACGCGUUUUGCUCGCUGCCUCUCCACUCUGGACCUCAUAGCCCUGGGGGUGGGCAGUACGCUGGGGGCCGGUGUGUAUGUGCUGGCAGGGGAGGUAGCCAAGAUGACGGCUGGUCCCUCCAUUGUUCUCUGCUUCCUGGUGGCUGCUCUUUCGUCAGUAUUGGCUGGACUCUGCUACGCUGAGUUUGGGGCCCGUGUCCCCAAGACUGGCUCUGCCUACCUGUACAGCUACGUCACUGUUGGCGAGAUCUGGGCUUUCACAACUGGCUGGAACCUCAUCCUCUCCUACGUAAUAGGCACAGCCAGCGUAGCUCGAGCCUGGAGUGCGGCAUUCGACAACAUCAUUGGGAACCACAUCUCUACUUUCUUCAUGAACAAGACCUCAAUGCACCUGCCAGGGGUGCUGGCUGAGCGCCCAGACUUCUUCGCCCUGAUCCUGAUAGGUCUACUUACUGUGCUGCUGGCCUUUGGUGUCAGUGAAUCCGCCCUCGUGAACAAAAUAUUCACAGCAGUCAAUCUGGUGGUUCUGGGCUUUGUCAUCAUUGCUGGUUUUGUGAAGGGAGACCUCAAGAACUGGCAGCUCUCAGAGGAGGACUACAACAAUUUCUCAUACCUGAACCCACAGGAUGACAUAAAGAAAAAAGUCUUUGGUUCCGGUGGGUUUGUACCCUUUGGAUUAGAAGGGAUCUUGACUGGUGCAGCCACCUGUUUCUAUGCCUUCGUGGGAUUUGACUGCAUUGCUACUACAGGGGAGGAAGCCAGGAACCCCCAGCGCUCCAUACCCAUUGGCAUCAUUGUGUCCCUCCUCAUCUGCUUCGUGGCUUAUUUCGGGGUCUCGGCGGCACUGACUCUCAUGGUACCCUACUUCCUCCUGAACAAGGAGAGCCCCCUGCCUGAGGCUUUCAAGGCAGUGGGCUGGGAGCCUGCCCGCUACGCCGUUGCUGUUGGUUCGCUCUGUGCCCUCUCCACCAGCUUGCUGGGCUCCAUGUUCCCCAUGCCCCGUGUGAUCUAUGCUAUGGCAGAGGAUGGGCUGCUCUUCAAGCGUCUCUCCAACAUAAACAGCCGCACGAAGACUCCUCUGUUAGCCACUGUCGUCUCGGGGAUCCUUGCGGCUGUGAUGGCCUUCCUGUCUGACCUGAAGGAUCUGGUGGACCUCAUGUCAAUUGGCACACUGCUGGCUUACUCCCUGGUGGCAGUGUGCGUGCUCAUCCUCCGAUACCAGUCCGGGCAGCUGAACUCUCCGAAGGCCGUGGAAAUGGUGGAGCUGAAUGGGAAUGAGGAGGAGAGAGUGAUCAUGAACCCAACCGUCACCGCUGCCAGUGCCCAGCAGAAGGAGACACUGUCCCUGGUGACACUCUUCAACCCACCCACAGACACUCCUACUGUGCUCUCAGGGCGCAUCGUCUACAUCUGUGUCUCGAUCAUCGCCACGCUGAUCACAGUCAUCUCCGUGCUCCUGACCCAGAAGGUUACUGCACUGAAGGACGCUGAUGUGCGCUGGAUUGUGGCCCUGGUGCUGCUCGUUGUGGCUCUGCUCGUUCCCACCAUCAUCAUUUGGAGGCAACCUCAGAGCAACGUGCGAUUGAACUUCAAAGUACCUUUCCUCCCGCUCCUGCCAAUCUUCAGCAUCUUUGUUAACAUCCUGCUGAUGGUACAGCUGAGUACUGGCACCUGGGUGCGGUUUGCUGUCUGGAUGGCCCUGGGUUUUAUGAUUUACUUUGGCUAUGGGAUUCGGAACAGCGUGGAAGGGAAAAACUCAGAGGACCCCUCUGCCACAGUAGAAAAGCCUCUGCACCACCCUGGAUUGGACCUCAGCCCCGGGGCUGCUGCAGUCUGAGGGCCCAGGGACUGGCACUCCAUGGACCUCUGCCAGUAUUCCUGCUUGGGGACAAGAUCGUGAUCUUGAUUGGUACAUUCAUCCCCUCUCCCAGGAGGAGUGAGACAGGACUGCAGAGCUGGGUCAUGUGCUGCCCUUUCUCUGCGCAGAGCAGAGGUCUUGGAGACAAGUCCCCAAGCUGUGUGGGAGUGCUGGUGGCCCAGGGCUUGUCUCUGCCAUCCCCCUAACCCUGAUGAGGGGCAGUGACACUGGCACUGCCCUCCCACCAUGGAAGCUGCUGUUAGAAAUGCUGCUUUCCCUGUGCACAAGAGGCCCCACGUGAUAGUACGGCUGUAUUUGUUCUGUUUAUCCUUGUGGCUGUGGUCACCACCUCCUCUCCAUGCUUUCCAAGCACCAGGUGUGCACAUGGCAGCUGUGGCUGGAGCCGUGUGAUGAGGCUCGGGGCGGCUUGUUCUGGUACUGCCAGCAAUACAGUACUCCCCAGCAGCACAGGGCUCAGUUGGUCAAAACCCUCAUAGAAUCCUUAGGAUGGAAAAGACCUUUGAGAUCAUCAAGCUCAACUGUACCUAUCUGCUACUAAAUCAUAUCCCUGAGCACCUCAUCUACCCAUCUUUUAAACACCUCCAGGGAUGGUGACUCAACCUCCUUCCUAAACAGCCUCUGCCAGUGCCUGAUGACCCUUUCUGUGAAGAAAUUUCUCCUAAUGUCAAACGUGAACCUCCCUCGGUGUAUCUUGAGGCCAUUCCAUCUCGUCCUAUCACUUGUCACUUGGAAGAAGGGACCGACAGCCACCUUGCUACAACUUCCUUUCAGGCAGCAAUGAGGUCUUCCCUCAGCCUCCUUUUCUCUAGGCUAAACAACCCCAGUUCCCUCAUCUGUUCCUUGUAAGACCUGCUCUCCAGCCCCUUCACCAGCUUUGUUGCUUUUCUCUGAACGUGCUCUAGAACCUCAAUGUCUUUCUUGUAAUGAGGAGCCCAAAACUGAACAUAGUAUUUGACGUGCAAGGCUGUGAAGAUGUCCACAGUGUAGCCAUACCACUGUCCAACCUCAUAAGCCUUUGUAUAAUUGGUGAUUUAAUGGUGAUUUUUAUACCUAUUAAACUAAAUGUUUUUUA